AUGUGCAGAACGUCUGCAUACUUCACCCGAUGCGAGACCUGCAAGCAGGACAUCGACCACUGCCUCAAGGUCGAUGACAAGUGCAAGAACAAGCACCGCGGCUUACCCUACUGCAGCGUCAUCUACCCCGUCAACAUGAACGUCGAGUGGGUAGACUUUACUCACUGUCUUCCCUGCACUAUCAAGCGAGGCAUGCUUGAUGAUCGAAUGCAGGCGACCAUCGACCAGGAGGCCAAGGAGAUGGCAGAGAAGCCCCCGUCCAAGACCGAAAGCGAUGAUGCUCUCAUCAUGAAGCAGCUCAUCGACGAUGUCGACAACCAGGUGGAAAGGGAGAAGCCUGGCCGUAUCCGGGAGUGGCUUAGCGGACAUCCCAACGUUCGAGCUGGUGAAUGGUUUGACGAGGUUCAGGAAGACAACAUCGAGGAGGAAACUGAAAGUGGCCCUGGAGUAGGUCGUGGAGGCGGUCGUGGUCGAGGUCGUGGUCGAGGACGUGGACGUGGACGCGCUCGUGGACGCGGCCGCCGUGGCAACUAA